AUGUCCUUGGUGGCUACCAUCCUGUCAUGGUUUUCCUUCUCCACGGUCGCUACCGCGUACAUUUUGGACGAAUUCGAUGUUCAAGGCCCCAACGGAACACAUGCAUGCUACGUGAUGCUUCCUGCACAAAGGGAAUUUGAAAGAGGCAUCUUUCAGUCGCCUUUCCCUAUUCAGGUCGCUCGGGCACUUGCUGCAAGACUGGCCAUGGCUGUCGCCUUCGUACAUUCGCACGGCUACGUGCACGGAGAUAUACAUCUUCGGAAUGUCUUGGUCAAGUUGCCAUCGACACUCGACCAACUCACAAUCGAUCAGUUCAGGCAGAAGUAUGGCGAGCCUGAGACUGUUCCUAUUACCCGUGUUGAUGGAGGGCCGCUUCCGGCCAACAUACCGCCUCGCGCCGUCGUACCCCUGUACCUCGGGAAAAAAGCUCAAGAUUUCACUCUAUCUGAUGCGCGUGGCCUUGUUCUCAGCGACUUUGGCGAGGCCUUCACACCAGGCACAGAGCAGCGUCUCGGUAAGGACUGUAACACGCCCCUGGCAAAAAGAGCACCGGAGGCUCUUUUUGAGCCCAACAAGCCGCUGUCUUAUUCGUCGGAUAUAUGGAGUCUCGGGACUGCUAUCUGGGAAAUCCUGGGUAUGAAAUUUAUCUUCAGCGAGUCAGAAACACAGGACGAGAUUGUGGCUCAGCAGAUCGACGUCCUAGGCUCCCAAAGCUUUCCAUCCAGCUGGCGGAAACACUGGGAACGAGCGAACAAAGCGGAAGGAGACGGGAAAGGAGAAAUCCCAUGUCGGCCCGUGGGAGAUCGGGAAGCUUGGCCCCCUCUCGAGGAGGCGUUUGAAGGAUUUGUACAAAAAUACAGAAGGAAACGAGAGGCGGCAGGGACUUUUGAGGAUGAGGAAGCGCGAGCGAUCCUUGACUUGAUGCGAGGCAUGCUUAAGUUUCGGCCGGAGGGGAGGUUGAGUAUAGACAAAGUACUGGAGUCCGAGUGGAUGCGCAAGUGGGCGUUGCCUCAGUUGGAGUGA